AUGCGUUCUAAAUAUCUUCCACAUGAUUUCGAACAAACUCUAUAUGUGAGACUCACUAUGUUGGUACAAGGUACUAAGAGUGUUAACGAAUAUAUUACUGAAUUUGAUAAACUAACCUCUCUUUGUGAUUUGAAUGAAAAAGAACCAUUGAGGAUUGCUAGGUUCCUUAAAGGUCUAAAUCGCACUAUCUCUAGGAAGAUUGAAUUGAGUACGUAUGAAUCAUUCAAUGAUGUGUGCAAAUUAGCUUUAAAAAUUGAAAGUCAUUGGCUCGAAGAUAAGAAGAGCACACGUACAAAGAGUUUUGGUACCAAGUUCUCACAAGGGACCAAAACAAGCAAAACUUUCAAGCCUUUUAAACCGAGUUCCUACGAGUCUAAGGGAGAAAGCUCAACAAGUGUAGAAAAGAAAUUUGUUAAGAUAUCUAAAGAAGAGUUCGAAUCCCGAAUUAGGUGUUUCAAAUGUCAAGGAAAGGGACAUAGGUCGGAUCAAUGUCCUUCCAAGAAAGCUCUCACAAUAAGACAAUACGAACAACAAGUAGAAGAAGAGAAACACAUAGUUUUUGGGUGUGACGAUGAGGAAUCCGAAACUAAGGCAACAAGUAGUGAGGAAGAGAACGAUGAGAUUGAUCCCGAAGAUGAUGAAAAAGUGCUUGUGGUAAGGAAGACCCUCCAUGCCGAAGCAAACCCUAACAAAUCUCAACGUGAAAACUUAUUCCAUACUCGUUGCAAAGUAGGAGAUAUAUCAUGCAAGGUGAUCAUUGAUAGUGGUUCAUGUACUAAUGUGGCGUCCACAGAGAUGGUUACUAAGCUCAACCUUCCAACAAGAGUACAUGAGAAUCCUUACAAGUUGAGUUGGCUUGAUGAUUCUAAGGGACUUCAUGUGAAGAAACAAGCCUUAGUAAGCUUUUCCAUUGGGAGACCUUGGCAAUUUGAUCGUCAAGUUACACAUGAUGGUGAGUCAAAUACUUAUUCGGUCAAAAUAGGAAACAAAAGGUUCAAACUCAAUCCUCUACCCCCUAAUUCAAGCUACGGUCAUACCAAAGAUAAAGAGAAGCAAGUGCCGAAUUUCUUUUUGAAUGCUAAGGAACUUGAGAGUGAAGUAGAAAAGGGAGCCACGGUCUUUGCCUUAGUGAUAAAAGAGGCGAAAUCCACAAGUUCCUCAACAAACAUGCACAUAGAAGAGUUGCUAGAUGAAUUUAAGGAUGUGUUCCCAGAGGAACUUCCUAAAGGUCUACCUCCUUUGCGUGGAAUAGAGCAUGCUAUUGAUCUUAUUCCCGGAGCUCCUCUACCUAAUAAACCAGCCUAUAGGUGCGAUCCUACGGCUUCCCAAGAGAUUUAA